AAGUUCUCCAUCCUCAAACACUUCUACUUUUUAACUCUAAAGCAAAGAAACCAAUUGCCAGCUUAAAAUGGCUUCAAAACGAUCAGCUUCCAUGACCCUCCUUUUGGCACUUAUCAUUCUCUUCUUUUCCCUAGUCAGUGCUACUUUUCCAUCCUCCUCUUCCUCCGGCUCUAACCUCGCCCCCUCUCCAUCUGCACAAGGCAGUUGCCCUAUUGAUAUCCUCAAAUUAGAUGUAUGUGCUAAUCUGCUUGGCGUAGUCAAUGUCACCAUUGGCUUACCCCAAGCGACACCAUGUUGUUCCCUUCUCGGUGGCCUUAUCGAAAUCAAAGCUGCUACAUGCCUUUGCUCUGCUAUUAGAGCUAACGUCUUAGGCAUCAACAUUAAUGUCCCACUUUCCUUUAAUUUGGUUCUCAAUCGUUGCUCAAUCAGCGUUCCUUCUGGCUUCCAAUGCGCUAAUUAAGUCAUCAUUAAUGUUCUCUACCCUCUUUCUCAUCUUUCUUAUGGUGUUUGUGUUUGAUUUUAAUAAGAUGAAAAAGAUAAUAAAUCAAUAAAAGAAAGUGGGUAGAAAAACUAAUUAGAAAGUUAUAAUUUCUCAUAUUUGCAAUAAAUCAGUGUUUUCAUCUGUAGCUUUGUUGUUUUAAUUUCCUUGGGGAGAUUGAUACAAAAUAAUAAAUCUAAUACUUUUCUAUCAA